AUGGACUACCAGAUUCCUCUUCACUGCAGGGUAAUUCCCAAAGAUAUUCAAAAUGAGGAGAUGAUUUCCAUACCCUUCGAAGAUUGUACCGGGGAGCAAUCAAAGCCUUCAUGUGAUCCUGACUUUCGUGCUUUGCAAUCUGCAAUGGAGCCCAUCUCUUCUGUACGUUAUUCGAGGGAUUGCAAUGGCCAACACUCAUCAGAAAGUACUACAAGUAAGUCGUAUAAAGAACAAGAGUUGAGUAAAGGUAAAUCUUACUCAGGCUUGCACAGACUAUCAUUUCCGGAAAGACAAACCUCCUUUAGCUGGCCUUCGUCACCUAGACAUAAAAUUAGUGGAAAAGAUGUACCUUCGUUAGAUAAUUUAUACACCUACAAACGUUGUUUAUCCAUCCAAGAGGAGCAAAUGGAUUCGAGAUCUCAGAGCAAAUUACCCUUUCUGCUACGAAUUCAUUCGGGACAUUUUCACAUAUGCCUUGGCCUCUGCAGUCAAACGGUUCUCUGGAAAACUCUAGAGGAGAACCCCUUGUCGUUUAUUCGUUUUCCGUUCAAAAUCCCCAGUCACUUCACGUUUGGGCUGUGGUUGCUUGCUCUGUUAGGGUUUCUUGUAAUAUCCGGAGCCUACCUAUUAAAAUGUGUGUAUCACUUCGAGACUGUUCGCAUGGAGUAUUUCGAUCGUGUGAGAGUGAAUUACUUCUUUGUACCGUGGAUCGCAGGCAUGAUGCUAAGGCUUGGGCUUCCUUCUAAUAUAGCUUCUGACAAUGUGCACCCUAUGGUAUGUUGUAUAUUUAUGGUUCCCAUCGCCGUCCUAGAGCUCAAAAUCUACGGCCAGUGGUUCACCAAAGGAAAGAGGUCUCUGGCUCGAGUCGCAAAUCCUUCCACCCAUUUGUCCGUAAUCGGAAAUUUCAUGAUUGCCCGAAUCGCAACAAAAGUAGGUUGGAAGGAAAUUGCAUUCUUCUUCUUUACUGUGGGAUUAAUUCAUUAUGCGGUUGUGUUCAUAACUCUUUACCAGAGACUGUCCUCAGAUAUCACGGUUUCCAGAAAAAUAUGUCCAGUGUUCUUUCUGUUUAUUGCAGCUCCAAGCUCCGCAAGCGUAGCGUGGGAAGCAAUAUCAGGAUCCUUCGAUACGUUCUCCAAGAUGCUGUUUUUUCUCUCACUUUUCUUGUGUUCGGCCUUGGUGAGUAUCAAUGAUUUCUUCCGCGACAGCAUACGGAGGUUUUCAAUGAUCUGGUGGGCAUGUGCAUACCCAAUUACGACAACGUCAGUGGCGGCACUAAGAUAUGCAGAGAGCGUGAAGCAUCCCAUUGCUCGUACAUUGGCUUACGCUCUCUCUUCGGUCGCCAUGGUAAUGAUAUUAAUUCUUGCACUGUUAACUAUUGUUAGCAUGGUAGUGGCUAGGGACCACCUGUUUCCCAAUGACACCGUCAUUAUCAUUUGCUCCGAGACGCAGAGAAAAGUUCUGUUGCGAGCUAAAAGAUCUCGUGUUUCUUUAAUGCAUUCUACUAUAUGA